AUGGCAACCUCGCCUCCGGCGUCGCCUUUGCCCCAGAGGGAGUGGCCUCAGGGCGCCAACGUGAAACCCGGUCCUAGGAGUUCAAGUAGGAUGAGCAUGAGUAGCAAGGCUGGUGUCGGAAGCAGGGCGUCAGACGACGAUAGUCGGACCGCUGUCAAAGUUGCUGUGCGCGUGCGACCACCACUGAAGCCCACUGAUCCGGGCUACGAUUUAAUUCCUCAGCGGUUCCAGCGUUCCAUGGUUCAAACGACGUCCAACACAAGCUUAGCUAUCGAAUCUCCACAGGGCCGGAAGAUAUUUGUUUUCGAUCGCGUUUUUAGUCCUCAAGUUAUGCAAGAUGGCAUCUGGGAAUACUUGGCCGAUUCGAUCAACGCCUUUACCCAAGGUUACAACGUUUCGUUGCUAGCAUAUGGGCAGUCCGGAGCUGGAAAAUCAUACACUAUGGGAACCUCUCGACCAGGGGAUCAAGAUGAUGAGUCAAUGAUUGGAGUAAUUCCACGGGCUGCAUCCGCACUCUUUGAGAAGCUGGAUGCUUCCAGCGGCGGGAGCACUGUUAUCUCCCAAAAGAGGCAGUCCAUCUCCAAUCUACGGACUCCUAGAUCGUACCAACAAAACGCUCUUGGAGACCGCAAUUGGUCUCUCAAGGCCACCUAUGUGGAAAUUUAUAACGAGCAACUACGCGACCUCCUCGUACCUGACACAACUCCUACGAGUGAGAGGACAAACAUUGCCAUUCGGGAAGACACCAAAGGCAACAUUAUCCUCACCGGUCUGCGUCAGAUUGAUAUUUACUCCGUGGAUGAUCUUAUGAAUGCCCUCAAUUUCGGUUCCAACAUCCGUCAAACCGAUGCGACUGCAGUCAACGCCAAGUCUUCUCGCUCCCAUGCUGUCUUCUCAUUGAAUCUGAUACAGCGUAAGAGCAGACUGCAGACUGCCACUGGCGGAGAGAAACGAUUGUCCAUGCCUUUGGAAGCAAUGACGGGUCAGGAGUUUGGCGUCACGACGGAUAGCAAGCUUCAUUUCGUAGACUUGGCUGGGAGUGAACGUCUCAAAAAUACUGGCGCGCAAGGAGAGAGAGCCAAGGAAGGAAUAUCGAUCAAUGCGGGCUUGGCUUCACUCGGCAAAGUCAUCAGCCAGCUUUCCUCACGUCAAUCGGGCUCUCACGUAUCCUACCGGGACUCCAAACUAACGCGUCUCUUGCAAGACUCCCUUGGUGGGAAUGCCUACACCUACAUGAUUGCAUGCGUCACUCCAGCCGAGUUUCAUCUCAGUGAGACGUUGAACACGGUUCAGUAUGCGCAACGUGCGAGGGCCAUCCAGUCCAAACCUCGCAUUCAGCAGAUUGAUGAUGGCGACUCGAAGGCUCUUAUCGAACGUCUUCGGGCAGAGGUAUCAUUUCUCAGAGAGCAGAUUCGAAGCUCGCAAAGCAUCACAGACAGCCCACGACGCGGCAACACUGCGCUGAAUGAGCGGGCUGAGAGACAUAACGAACGUGAAUCAGAGCUCCAAAACCAGCUUCUAGAUGCCCGGGAGAACUACAACACAUUGAGCCAGCGCCAUGCCAAGCUUAUUGCCGAACUUGCAAAGGCUCGAGAAGAUGAGUCGGAAGAACUGGAUCAGAACGGAAACACUGCUGAUGACCGGUUGAAUCGAUCCAACUCGUUUGCCCAAGCCGUGGAACAAGUUGUUCUUGAAUACGAAAAAACGAUUCAGAGCCUGGAACAAUCUUUGUCCAGUACGCGGACGACUCUCUCUAAUACCGAGACCUCGCUGCUGGAAAAGGAGACGAAAUGCGCUUACGUCGAAACCAUCAACACGCAAUUGCAAACACGUCUUCAGAAGCUCAUGGAUCGCGAAGUUAGCACAGAAAACUACCUCCACGAUCUCGAGGCCAAGCUGGACGGCCACACCAGCGGCGAGGAGAAAAAUGCGACAAUCAUCGUUGAGCUACGCAAGGAAAUUGCAAGAGUCAGGGAGAAUGAGGCUGCAUGCGAAGAUUACAUCUCCACACUUGAGGAACGUCUAGCCGAAGCCGACCAAGACUCUGAACUCAUGCAACGAGAAGUAGAUCGCUUAGAACAGCUAGUGGAGCGACAACGCAGCUUGGGCAAGCUUGAUGCUCUUUUGUAUGAACUUGAUCAUGUUGAAGCAAGCAGACCGGGAGAGCCUGACGCUGCUAAAAGUCCCGCCGCCAUUCGAGGUAAUCACCGCCUCACAGAUCACUCCAGAAGCCAGUCCCAUGUGAGUUGCAAAAGCCAACUCGAUGGUCCUAUUCCCGAAGAGCACGAUGAACACGUCCAUGCCAAACAGGUUAAUGGAUACGAAGGCGACUACGGUGCACAAAGGGCAGAAACCCGUGAUCAUUUCCAUGACGCUGAAGAAGAGCUUGCGGAACAUUGCAUUUCGAACGGCAACAUCUCCCAGACGACCGCGCAGAAUGCAUUCGUUGCUGACAAGCUGGAGACUGUCACCCAAGAGCUGGUCGAUCUUCGGGUUGAGCAUCAGUCUACGGUCCAGGAGUAUGAGCAACUUCAAGCCAAGUAUGAAGAAACCCUGCGUUCCCUCUCCGAGCUACGAGACGCAGUAGACGAAGCCCGCCACCCCCCGCGGUCCGUUGUGCGCGAUUCAGUAUUAUCAACGUCCACACCGCUCCGGACGCGGCCCGGUUCUUUCGCAUCUGACGGCAAGUCGGUCGAUCUCAAGGACGAACCUCGCUCAUCAAUGUCACGGUCCCUUUCCUCUGAGCUGUUCUCAGCCAUUGAGUCACCGGCGACCAUGGAUACUUCAGCAGUCGACUUUGCCUCUGAAGACGAUACGGCGACCGCCAGGCCCUGCUUGUCAAAUGAGGACUUGAGCGGGAAAGCUACACCUGAACAACUCGUGGCGGAAGUCCAGAGACUGCAACGAUUGGCAGGGGAAAAGGAAGAUGCUGAGAAAGCUCUUGUGGAGAAAUAUGCUCAGCUUGAGUCCAAACACAAUGACGCUCUGGACAGGGUGGAGGAGCUAAAAACCGAGGUGCACAGGGCCCGCACUCUUGAGGCGACUUCCCCAAGGACCAGCACUCCCGUGAUUCGAAGAAAAUCAAGCCAGAAUCUGCUGGUCAUUGACCGCGCGCAUCGCGCCUUUGCUUCGCUCCGAAACGUUGCAAGUGAAAGUUUUGAGAAUCAGCCCGAGGUGAUGAAAGCCUUUGAGCUCAACCUCAACUCGGCCAUGCACGAACUACACUCUCGAAGCGAACGCAUUCAAGAGCUGGAAGCGAGCAUUGCUUCGGUCAAGAAGGAGAUGGAGACUAAGACGACCAUCAUCUCUGGACUCACUAGAGAACGAUCUAGUUUGAAAGCCAGCCCCAUGGACAUGUCCAUGGUUGCAAACCUACGUGAUCAGCUCGAGAGAAACGAGAAGCAAAUGUCGGAGCUGCGAGAAGCUUACGAAGUGAGAGAGAAGGAAAUGGCCUCGCAGGUGGAGGAGCUUCGUGAGGCUUUGAAGAACGCCGCACCGAGCGCCCAAGACAAUGAUGUUGAAGCCAUCAAGGUUGAUGAUGGUGAUGGCGAUUUGGAAAGACAGCAGCUCAUAUCACAACUUCGAGAUGAGCUUUCUGGUUGGGAGGGGAAGCAUCAACUUGUUCUUGAAGCAACGGCUAAGAAUGAGGCUGUGCUGCGAGCCAGCAUCGUGAGGCUGGAAGAACAGAUGGCUGCCUCGCAGGAGAGCCUCAAAGACUCCACUUCCAAAGCCAUUUCUCAAAACGAGGAUCCAAAGCAAGACGUCGAGAAGAAGCACCAGAAACUGGUAGACUUCUUACGCACUGAGAUUGAUGGGUACAAAGCCGUCAUCAACGGCACUGCCGCUAAAUUGGCCCAGCUAGAGUGCGAAUAUUCAGCAGCCAAAUCUGAGCUGGAAGAAUUGGGCGCGGCUCACGAUAUCGCAAGCAAGGAACUUGAGGAGCAUCGUGGGCUUGUGGUUUCACUUGAGGAAAAGGUUAUCGCACAAACGGAAGCGGCGAGAUCCCUCCAAGAUACCCUAGGACUUGUGCAUGACAAACACUCCAAGGAAAUGGCCGAAUUAAAAGCGCAAGAGCAAAAGAGUUACGAGGAGCAAGCCGAAGUGCUCAUGCAGGAACACACGGAUGCGUUGCAUAAGCUGGAAGAAGAAGUCUCGCAAGCCCGAGACGACCUGAACAAGGUCGCCACCCAGGUCGCUGUCGGCAUGAAUCUCGACGUGAGCGUUGAGCUGCUCCCAGAACGCAUCGAGAAGCUCCUCGCAGAUGGGAAGCUGCUUAUCGAGGAGCAGCGGAAGGCCGAAGAGAUGAAGAGCCAGAUGGCCGAACUCAGCAGGUUGAACGAAGACGUCCGUGGUGAUGUGGAAGCGGCCAAGGCGUCGCUGAGCGAGAUGCUCUCGGGCAGUUUAGCCUCGGCGCCAAGUUCCAUGUCAGAACAGCUGACAGCGGUAAAGUCGAAGCUUGUCGACCUGGAGGACCGCAACAUGAAAAACAGCCGUCUGGUGGAGGAGCUUGAGGAGCAGCUGCAGAGCAACUUUGACGAGGCACAGAUGACCAACAAGCGCCUGAGCACUCUGCAGACGGAGCGAAAUGCCCAGCUGGAAGAAGCCACAUCGGCUCGAUUAAAACUUCAAGCUGACCUGGACACGAUUCGCGAGGAAUACACGUCGCUGCAGGCCAAGUUUCAAGAAAACUGCGCGACGGACGAUCUCAAGCGAUCGAACUCCAACUCGACCAUCCGAAAGAGCAGCUCGCACGCGUUGCUGCCAUCACCACCUCCUGCCAUACCAUUACCACCGCUGCCCAGCGUUGCUACUAGGAGCGGCUCGCCGACAAACACGGCGGCGUCCACAUCCCCCACCGGUGGUGGUCGUGGUGCGCUCAGCAAGGAUGCGGUCAACAUGUCGCAGCUUACGGAGGAUCAAGAGGCUCGCAUCAGGACCAUUGAGAAACACUUGCACGCCGAGCGCCAGCUCACGCAGACACUGGAGGAAGCACUCACUGAUCUCGAAAAGCAAUCGAAAAAGGUCAAGGGCGACUGCGACUCGUGGAAGAAACGAGCCCAGGAGCUGGAGACGGAACUCAAGGAAGUGAAGGACCGGCAGCCUGAACCGCAGCAAGACAGCCGGUGGAGCAUGCAAGCAGUGGAAGAGGAGCGUAGGAAGCGCCAGGCCGCUGAGCAGGCCAGAAAGCAGCUCGAGGAGAGGAUGAACGCCAUUAACAAGGGUAAGAAGAAGAAGGGCAGUCUGAAUUGCUUCUAG